AUGACUCCCCCGCCCUCAUCGCCUUCUUCGAUUCCCCCGCCUAUCCCCGUCGACACGCAUCCCAACCGCGCCCCCGGAUCCAAGGCCCCUGAGCAGGACCGCAUCCCAGACCCUGAUCGCCUCGCGCCGGAGGAUGCUUACUUCGCGACAUCUCUGUCACGAGCGCGCUCGGCCCCGGCUAACUAUGAGGAUAGCCUGCGAUCCAUAAAUGAUGGCUCGAGGGUUGCGACGUUGCGGGCGCCGCGGGGGAUGCUUGGCGCGGACCCUUCCCGAAAGGACGUGACGAAGCUGGGCGCCGCUGGGGGUCGUCGGAGGCGCAAGGGUGCUUGGAAAAAGCUGCUUUGGGUGAAACAGACUUAUCCGGACAACUAUACAGAUACCGAAACAUUCUUGGACCACCUGCAACGAAAUCCUCGAGUACGGCCGUACGACUUCUGGCCUCUUGUCGCCGACUCCACUGUUAUUGUCCAACAUGUCUGCUCCGUCGUCAUCUUUGUUUGCUGCUUCGUCGGCAUUGUUCAGGACCGAGUGAGCCCCGUAUCGAUUGUUUGCUGGGGGAGCGUUGGCACCGCCAUGGGCUGGAUUCUUUGGGAUAAUUGGAUCUGGAGAGAGCAAGCGGAGCUUGCACAGGGUGCCCAGGUUGCCAUCGGUGGUGACGAUGGCUCAAGUUUAAGCUCCAUGGCCAGCGUGGCUAACCCAUCCGGCAAUGAACCACAACCGAACGGCACAAAAGGCAGCCCAAUCCACGGACUUGGGCUGACGAUGUCUGGAAACGAAUCAAAAGAGCAACUAUCACAACGGACCGCCGAAUUCAAUGGAAGCUUAGAUGAGAUAGGAGACCCGGCACUGCCCGUCGGAGCUCCCUCUACAGCGUCAAGUAUUGCCCUUGGCAGUACAGAUGCGCAAGAUAACGAACGACGAUCUUUAUUAACGUCACGCAAUCGCCAACGGCUAUCGACCGUCAAGUCGGCCUUUCUGAUCUACUUUUCUUUGCUGGGAUUGAGUCCCAUCCUGAAAUCGCUUACCAAAUCUACCGCCAGCGACUCCAUUUGGGCUAUGAGCUGCUGGCUCUUAAUUAUGAACAUAUUCUCCUUUGAUUACGGAAGCGGCGAAGGCGCCGGCGCCACGACCAAGUUUCCGGCUUCUCUUUCCACCAACGCCGCGGUGAUGGCAUCUACAGUUCUUGCAUCCCGCUUACCAUCAACCACACAUGUGUUCAGCCUGAUGCUGUUCUCUAUGGAAGUCUUUGGACUGUUUCCUAUCUUCCGUCGCCAAUUACGGCAGAAAUCCUGGACGGGUCAUGUCGUGCUUACCCUCGUUCUGGUCAUCAUCGCUGGGGGAGCUGUUGGCACAACUCUUGGCGGCGGUUGGGCAUCGGCCAUCAUUGGGUCUAUGCUUGGAAGCAUCCUAACUGCCUUUUCCAUGGGUGGGUGCAGCUGGUGGCUCAUCAGCUUGCAGAAGUACAAGAAUGUUGUCAUUGGCCCUUGGGAUCCAGCACGUCCUAUUAUCCGACGACACUGGAAUUAG